AUGUCCGCGCCCGCAGGGCAGCCGCGCGCCCGCACGCCGCGUACCACGGCCGGCGCCCGCGCCCGCGCCCGUCCGUGCGCGCCCGGCCGCGGUCGGCCCGCGCGGCGCGCUGCGGCCGCGGCCGGCAAGCGGGCCUGCCGCGUCGCGGCCCGCGGCAGCAGCACGCGGGACGCCCCGGCGGGCGGCCGCCCCCCCGACAACGGCCACGAGUGCGGGGCUGCCGGGCGCUCGCCGCCGCCUGACCAGGGGCCUCCGCCGCGCACGGCCGCGCGCACACGCGAGCCGCCGCCCGCCCCAGGACCGGAGACAGCCACCGAGUACCGGAGGACACGAGUCCCCUGCGAGGACGACACGACACAAUAA